AGCUGCCAAAGAAGCAAGCAAGAAACAGUCAUUAACUGCCCGAAAGAUGCUUUCAGAUCUCAUUAACCCACGAAAGCACAGCAUGAAUAAAGCUUCAUUUAUUCUCUCUUUUUAGGGAGAAGAAAAGAAGGAGAGUAGUGGAGCUGACUGAGAAGUUAGUGAUGAAUUGGUAGAACUGGCGGAAGGUUUGAGGCUACUAGACGGGAGGAAGGAUAACCUUUAGCUAGCCGGAGAAGCUAACCUAAUAUUUGUUGUACACAUAAUGAAUUUACUGCUAGGGCGCGGAUAAAAAUGUGCUUGUUUUUUUACUGACUAUACAGUGAAAAAUGAUGAGAUAUCAUUCGAAUCUACACAAAGUUAGAGGUCUUUACUGCAAUCUUGUCACUGUUGACAUGCUAGCUGUUCACUUAGCCUAGCUACCGGGAGCUGUGCAGGCAGGAGAAUAACGCUAGAAAACCCACAGAAGGAUGGUGGUUGAUGGAGUCAGUGGUCGCACCUGUGAGUGGGAGGGACGAUGGAGCCACAUCCAAAAGUUUCUGGAGAGAUCCGGGCCCUUCACGCAUCCUGAUUUUGAGCCCAGCACAGAGUCAUUGCAGUUUAUGUUAGAAACCUGCAAAAUCUUGGUCAUUGGAGCUGGUGGUCUGGGAUGUGAGCUGCUGAAAGACCUGGCUUUAUCAGGCUUUCGCAACAUCCAUGUUGUUGAUAUGGACACCAUUGAUGUUUCGAACCUGAAUCGUCAAUUCCUCUUUAGGGGAAAAGAUGUAGGUCGAUCCAAGGCAGAUGUUGCAGCUGAUUUUAUCAACAGCCGCAUACCAGGAUGCUGUGUAGUGCCACAUUUUAAGAAAAUUCAAGACUUAGAUGAAACAUUCUACAGACAGUUUCAUAUAGUUGUUUGUGGACUGGACUCUAUAGUUGCCAGAAGAUGGAUGAAUGGUAUGCUGCUGUCUCUGCUAGUGUAUGAGGAUGGAGUCCUGGACCCUGGCUCCAUUGUUCCUCUAAUUGAUGGUGGGACUGAAGGCUUUAAAGGCAAUGCUCGAGUCAUUCUCCCUGGCAUGACGGCCUGCAUUGACUGUACCCUUGAGCUUUACCCUCCUCAGGUCAACUUCCCCAUGUGUACAAUAGCCUCUAUGCCUCGUUUGCCAGAACAUUGCAUUGAGUAUGUUCGAGUGCUGCUAUGGCCCAAAGAGACACCCUUUGGAGAUGCUGUGGCACUGGAUGGGGAUGACCCCGAGCACAUCCAGUGGGUGUACCAGAAAUCUCUGGAGAGGGCAGCAGAGUUCAACAUAACAGGAGUCACAUACAGACUAACCCAGGGUGUUGUUAAGAGGAUAAUUCCAGCUGUAGCGUCUACAAAUGCUGUCAUUGCUGCUGCUUGUGCGACUGAAGUUUUCAAAAUAGCAUCAAGUGCCUACAUACCUCUCAACAACUAUAUGGUCUUCAAUGAUGUUGAUGGCCUGUACACCUACACUUUUGAAGCAGAACGGAAGGAAAACUGUUCAGCUUGCAGCCAAGUACCUCUGGACCUGCACUUUUCUCCAUCUUCCAAACUCCAGGAGGUGUUGGACUACCUGACUGAGAGUGCCUCUCUACAAAUGAAAUCACCUGCUAUAACAGCAACAGUGGAAGGAAAGAACAAAACAUUAUAUUUACAGUCUGUCGCCUCAAUUGAACAGAGGACACGGUCAAAUCUGUCCAAAACACUGAAAGAGCUGGGACUGGCCGACAGGCAAGAGCUGGCUGUAGCUGAUGUCACCACACCUCAGACCAUGUUGUUCAGACUCAACUUUACCUCAUAGGAUGAACUCAAGCACUCCCACAACCAGCUGAAGUCAUUCUUGUUUCUUGGCCAGGUGUGACUUGAUGUGCACACAGAAUAUUUAAAAAGAGCAAAGAACUAGAACAGUUUACAAUGCAUUCAGUGACAGUAUAAGUGAUUGUAGCUAACUUUAUUGUUUUAAUAAUGAAAGUUAAUGUUCUGCAUUGAAAAGGUAAAGUCAUAGUUCAAAGCCUGUCAUGUUUUGGUAAUACAUUUUCUGGCAAAUGUUAAGGAUUUCUGCAUUAAUGUAUUAUUUGCACUACAACCUAAAACAUGCUCUGUGCAAAGAGACAAGCAUUAGUUACUUCAAAAUAUUACUCUGUACAUUUUCUGAUUUUAAAUAUUUUGAAUAUUUAUUGUAAAACAGUUUUUUAGUUGAAGUAACCACUGGAGUGGUGCUUGGCAGACACUGAUAAUGAUGUGCAAACUGUAAUAAAAUGCUUUUCUUAAAAAAAA